AGGCAAUGGCUAUUGAUGACAUUUCCCUCCUCCUAGUUGCAGCUUCCCUUAUGUUUCUUGCAGUUCACCCUUCCUCAGCUCAUUCCAGAAAAUUCAUAUCCGCCGAACAAUCUUCUUUCACUUCCCUCGACGAGGUGAAACCUUCCAUCCAGGCUUUCGAAUACAAGGAACCUUCAAACAAUCCACAUGGCACUCCCAAUGACGAUAUUUCCCUCGAGUCCUCUAUUAAUACCUUCCAGGAAAGAAACCACCUGAAAGUCACCCAAAAGCUGGACUCAGACACCGUGGAUAGGAUGGUGAAAUCCCGGUGUGGUGUGCCAGAUAUCAUCCGGAGACCAGAUAAAAGCAUCCAGAACGAGUCGUUACCGAUAAACUUCCAUGCCCACUAUGCCUUCUUAGAUUAUUUCGUUCCGUGGAACAAGACGCAUCUGACGUUCCGUUUCACGAACACCAUCCCAUCAGUUCCUGUGGUCGGCCUCCACCUCGCCUUUGUACGGUCCUUGAAGCGGUGGGAGAGCGUUUCUCCAUUUACGUUCGAACAGGCAAACAACGGCCAGGUUGCAGACAUUAACAUUGGGUUUUACCGGGGGUGGCAUGGGGAUAAUGCCCCAUUUGACGGGCGGUACAACGUAGUUGCCCACGCCUCCGGCCCACUGACCAGUUUUGUUCACUUUGAUGCUGACGAGGCAUGGCGAUCUAACACCCCAAGAAAGGAUGAGAUUGACUUGGAAUCCGUUGCCAUGCACGAGAUCGGGCACGUCUUGGGGCUUGGCCACAGCCAGGACCAGAACGCGGUCAUGUAUGCCUAUAUAAAUUAUGGGGUCGUGAAGAGGGAACUCCAAAAGGAUGACCUCGAAGGCAUCCGUGCUCUCUAUCCUCCGAAGUGAUGAUUUAUACUAUUAACAGCCAAAAUAUAU